CCGCCAAGUCCGUUCGGGCGAGUUUUUGGUCUAUUUCCCGAACUUUUGGCGACGAUGCCGAAUCUUGCAAUCGCAGGGGGGUCAGACGUUGUCUAACUCGGUAUAUGUUGACCAAGUUGAGGAGCAUGAUAGAGGCAAGGGCGGAUUAUAAGAAUCUCGCAGUCUCACAAGCAUUCUACACGAUUGACACUAGCUCACGGUUGUUGGAGCACCUCGACGACUGCUCUCGGAUCUCAAGCUGCCCCUCGGAAAACAAUAACGAACAUUCCUCGGUCCGUUUCUUGAAUCGUGAUCUAAGAUGGAGGAUGACCUAGGUCACGGACAUAGCUCCAAGGGGGCCACAAACUCAAGCCGAAAGCGAUCUUACACAUCCGAAUCAUCUUCGGUCGAGCCCGAGGUAUCCCCUUUGACCAAGAAGCGAUCUUCGGGCAAGCACAAGAUCAAAGCCGGAGCCGAUGAUGGAGGCGACGGCCAUGGUCAAAGACGAGCGACACAAGCCUGUGUCAGGUGCCGAAAGCAGAAACUACGAUGUACAGGUGGAAGUCCUUGUGAUCGGUGUGUGAGGUCAAAGAAUCAUUGUGAUUUUGGACGGCCUUCGACGAGCGGAACGGAUGCCGAAAGGAGAGAGAGUAGUAGUGCAACGGAUGUCGCGACCGCAAGACUGGAGCAGCUUGAGAGUAGCGUGGCAAGCCUUUUGGCUGGUCUGGCAGGAGCAGGUGGAGCGAUUUCUGGACAUGCUCAAGCGCUAGCCUCGGCAUCGUAUCCCAACGGGACAGAGAUACUUCAUCCUCGAUUCGCUUCUGGGGGCUCAUCCUCACUCGGCCGACACCAACGCAGUCACUCGCCAACUGUGGAUCGAUCACAUGCAGGACCCUCAUGGCCUAUUCUCCCGUCCCCUCUGCAACGUCACGGACAUCCAAGCCUUCUACCACAGCACCCUUCCGCCUCCAUCGCGGAAGAGCUCGCUCGAUCCCACGUCAGAUUCACCACUUCCCCAACCCAUAUUCUCGGAUCAUCUCAUGAUCUCAGCCCGUCUACAUACACCGACUCAUUCCAGUCAGUGGAUCAGUAUCAAGACAAGAAGCCUCUUGGAACCUGGACGGAGAGAAAGAAGGCGAAGAGCAAAGCUCAAGAGCCUGCAGAGAGAUUGCAGGCAGUCACGGAGCAAGUCUAUGAUCCACCGUUCAAAGCGUUGUCUUAUGACCCCGCAGUGUGGGAUAAUCGUGAAGCAUCGCGGAUGAAUUCACCGGAUCGAGGAAGCUUCACCCUCAGCCGAGAUGAACCUGCUGGACCACCUCAUUAUCAUGACUACAGAAUGCUGAGGAUACGAGCGACGCCAUUGUCCAUGGGUAUCGUAGAUCUCAGAGAAGCAGAGGCAUUGUUUCAAUUCUUCAUCGACCACUGCCACGCCUUCAUGCCCAUCGUGAAUGUCGCCCUGGAUGAUGUUUUCAACGUCAUCCGCUCUUCCCCAGCCUUAUUCUCCAGUAUGCUAGCCAUCGCAGCCCGGUUCUAUCCUCGAGCCACUGAACGGUUCUCCGAGAUGCGAAGGGGCAAGUAUCCUCCUUUGGACCCAUCGGUACCUCGACGAUUGGCUAAUCUGGCCGAGAUGCACUUGGCUUAUACGGUCCUUUCGAAGAAGUUUGCGCUAUCCGAUGUUCAGGCUAUUCUCUUGCUUGCAGCGUGGGGUCUCGAAGCGGACGGUGCUGGUCCCGAUGCCUGGAUCGUGACUGGCCAUGCGGCACGGGUUGCGAGACGAGUGGGCGUUUACAAAAUCCUCGCUCAUGCCAAUGAAACGGCGAAAAAGACCAAAAAGGGUACUGACGAGUGGUCCAAGCUGGAAGCGUUCUUGCCUCAAUGGAGAACUUGGUUGUGCUGGUUUGGACUCGAUAAUUUCCUCUCGCUAGGCUUUGGCCGACCUCAAUCGACCUACUUUGAAUCGGUUGAGGAGGACGCUUUCCUUCAGAUUCGGCUUGAACAACCAUUACCUCGACCAGGUUCGCCGGGCUCGGUAUCGAUGCACGGAGAUAUCUUCAUCGCCGGUCUAGUAUCACUCGCUCAGAUCGGCAAGGACCUCACCAAGUGGGGAUUGAUCCUGGCCAACCCGGAACGCGCAAAGGAGGAUCGCAAGAUGAGAGCCUGGGCACAGGACAAGGACCUGAGCCUUUCGGCAAUGUUCAAGGAGCUCAAUGGGAGGUUGGAUGAGUGGUCGAAGCUUUGGGUGUGGACUGGAUCUCCUUACGCUCUCUACCUCGGUCCAUCGGUUAGGAUUGCGCGGCUCCAGGCUGAACAUCUACGGUUGUGUCUGAACUCGUACGCGCUCAAAGCUGGAGCGGAUGAGGACGAGGAGAUCGGGCAGUGUCUGAAGAAGGCGCUGAACGCCGCGAUGGGCACCAUUCAAACUCAUUUUGAAUCGAGUCAAACGGAUCUCGCCUUGAGCUUUGCGACGGACUACAUUACCAUUGCCCUCGCCCAAUCUGCCGUCUUCCUGAUCCGUAUAUCAAAAGCCCCCGAACCCGUGCGCAAAGUCGUCGACGUUGAUCUGUCCGUCGUUGCGCAUUACCUCAAAAUGUCCGUGGACCUGCUGGAAUCCGCAGAUGUGACUGAGAUUCGUUUGCCCACCUUUCUCGCCAAGACCAUCCGGGAUAUCGCCUCGGCCGCAGGUAUGACGGCCCUCGGCCCAUCAGCUUGGGACGUAGAGAAGUCCGAGAAACGACUUGGUCAGAGUCCACAGGCUCCAGGCGAUGGUGACUCGGUUCUGGAUCAUCGUGAAUCAACUGGCAUGUCUCAUCGACAAGACGACCCUCUCGGCUUUGGCGACAUGGUCAGCGGAGGCAUUCAUGAGAAUGGGCCGUCCCUAGGACCUGGUAUCGGUGGGUCAGGGAUAGGCCAAAGUGCAGGACCGAAUGCUGGAGGCGAUACAAUACCCGACUAUGAUAGCAUCUUUGGCUCUGAUCGCCAGCUCAUGGAUCUGGGCUCUCUGCUGGGUCUACCAGGAGACAAUGGGACAUUGGGUCAAAAUCAAUCAUUCGGCUCCGGGGAUGUGUUCAACUUUGGCUCAGAUGGGUACAUGAACGAGUUUGGCUUCGCGAUGGGAGGUUUGGGAGAGUUUGGUGCUUCUGGUUCGAUGAAUGGAUCAAAUGGUCUUGCUGGGCUGGGACCGCUCGGACCUCUCGGUCAAAUGGACUUGGAGGGGGUGGAUAUGCGUGGCAUGGAGGGAGAACUGGACAUCAGGCCAGAUUAUCGACAGGACGGAGCGUGAGCGCUGUGAAGUAUUGAAUCCUUAGAGCGCAUUGAAUCGAUGUGGCGAACGUGAUGCUCGGUGGCGCUGUACAUGCACCGC